AUGGUCAACAUCCCGAAGACGCGCCGGACGUACUGCGCCGGAAAGGAGUGCAAGAAGCACACCAACCACCGUGUGACCCAGUACAAGGCUGGCAAGGCCUCUUCUUUUGCCCAGGGAAAGCGCCGAUACGACCGCAAGCAGUCAGGAUACGGUGGUCAGACCAAGCCCGUCUUCCACAAGAAGGCAAAGACCACCAAGAAGAUUGUGUUGAGACUGGAGUGCACUGUUUGCAAGACCAAGUGCCAGCUGCCGAUCAAGCGAUGCAAGCACUUCGAGCUUGGUGGUGACAAGAAGACCAAGGGCGCUGCGCUCGUUUUCUAA